CUCCAGGCUCAUAAUAUACACGCCGGGCAUUCUGUGGGUGUUGCCUCCUACUCCUCAGGGUGGAAGCAGGGAGGGUUGCGCUAGUUAAGAAGGGGAUUUCGAACAGCAGCAGCAGCAUCCAUCUUAUUGUGACAUAAACACCCAUCAGUGUGACUCCAGCGAGCUGCUGCUUUAUGCUGUGACCAGAGCAUCGUCUCCUUUAUUAUAAGGCGUUCAGUGAGAGAAGAAUCCUGUAUGUAUUGACGGCAGCAGCUACAUGAGACGUCUGGAGCCCCCCUUGUCAGGGGCCUCCGUGUAACUGGAUGCAUGCUGAACAGAACCUUUGAAAGCAGAAUGUUAAUGCUGGACGGGAUGCCGGCAGCCAGAGUCAAAACAGAGUUAUUGGAAUCUGAACAAGUGUCUCCAAAAGUCCACAGCUAUCCUGAUAUGGAAGCUGUUCCCCUCCUCCUCAACAAUGUGAAGGCAGAACCUCCAGAGGACUUAUUAGCCACUGACCAUUUUCAGACACAAACAGAGCCAGUGGACUUGUCAAUAAACAAAGCUAGAACCUCACCAAGAGGAAUUUCGUCUUCUCCACUUUCCAUUACUACUUCAGCAGCUUCACCUUCUUCUAAUUCAUCUUCAUCCAGCCGUCCAGCUUCUUCUCCAACAGUGAUAACAUCUGUACCUUCUACAGCAUCAGUGCCAACAGUAUUAACUCCUGGGCCCCUGGUGGCAUCAGCUUCUGGGGUUGGUGGACAGCAGUUUUUGCACAUUAUUCACCCUGUUCCACCUUCUAGCCCUCUGAACCUACAGUCUAACAAACUGAGUCAUGUUCACCGCAUACCUGUCGUUGUGCAGUCUGUUCCUGUUGUUUAUACAGCGGUCAGGUCACCAGGGAAUAUGAAUUCUACUAUAGUUGUACCUCUGUUGGAGGAUGGAAGAAGUCAUCUUAAAGCACAUAUGGAUACCCGGGGAUUGUCUCCUAGACAUAUAAAAAGUGAUAGUGAUGAUGAUGACCUGCCAAAUGUCACCUUAGAUAGUGUCAAUGAAACUGGAUCUACAGCUCUUUCCAUAGCACGAGCAGUACAAGACUCAGUCUCACCAUUCAGUAUUGAAAGCACAAGACGGCAGCAGAGGUCAGAAUCUCCAGACUCUAGGAGAAGAAGAAUACAUCGGUGUGACUUUGAGGGAUGUAACAAGGUCUACACAAAAAGUUCUCAUCUGAAGGCACAUAGAAGAACUCAUACAGGAGAAAAACCGUACAUGUGUACUUGGGAAGGAUGCACCUGGAAGUUUGCACGCUCAGAUGAACUGACACGGCAUUACCGCAAACAUACAGGCGUAAAGCCAUUUAAAUGUGCAGACUGUGACCGCAGCUUCUCCCGUUCUGAUCACUUAGCACUGCAUCGUCGGAGGCACAUGCUAGUCUGAGCCUAAAGUCCGUCCUAACAUGCGGAAAAGCUGGUUCUUUUCUUCCCAGUAUAUUCAGCAGGGCUGAAUCCCACCAACAGUGUUAUGGAAGCAGGAUGCCCACAUGUGAAGGAAUAAAACAGGAAGUGCCAUGCUUCUCACAAGAAUCCCCCACAAACAUGGAAUCGCCGCUACAUGGCCAUACCUCAGAUCCAGAAACAUUCAAACUGAGGACACAGGCACUUUUUAUAGGCCUGCAUCACUUUAAACAGCUCCUAUUGUACAUUUCACUUAUAUACGGACAGAUGUUUUUGAAAAAAAAAUGUAUCGUAGAUUGUUUUUAAGAUCUUGGAUUGAAUGAUAGUUUUUUGGGGGUUUCUUGUUUGUUUUUGCUGGAACACGUUUUUGUACUGUGGCAGUGAAAUCGUGGACUUUUACCUACAGGUACAUGUAUAGGAAGAACUGACGGCGACUUUGGCAACUUCAGGCUAGUAUCCGUCAUCGGAACCUGGGAUUUUGCAAUAACUGCGAUGGUAAUGAGGUGUCACUCAUCAUCUCCAUCAAGUGAAGCGGGCAUAAAAACAUCAUACUCCUUUGAGUAUUCUGAUUUUUUUUCUCUCUUUCUUUGUUGUUUGUGAAAGUAUUUAGGCCGGUAUCUUAAGUGAAGUACUGUUUGUGUUUGUGAAUUGACUUGGCCUUGCCUAAAGCCUUCUUAUAUUCCCCCGUAUUUAUACAUCACAAAUCUAUUGCACAGGCUCUCAGUAUUCUAUUUCACAGAUCUAAGUAAUACACAUUGAGGUAUUAUGUACAGAACAGUCAAUGGCGGAGCACACCCCCUCCAGUAGAAAUUUCGGGGGAAUCAGAAAGCACAAACUGGAACAGUUGCACUUCUUGCUGCUAAAGAGCAAUAAAGACUGUCUAUUAUAUGGAUUUGCUAUAGAUCAAGUUAAACUGCAUUUUUUACCACGUCACAGGAGGCCUUUGUCCAAAUAUUCUAUAUUGGAUAUUAAAACCCUAACCCCCCAAAACUCAUCACAUUUAAAAGGCUGCAUAAGGUAAAAAAAAAAAAAUAGAAAGCAUAAUAACAAUAUGAAAUGUGAAAAGAAAUGUUUUGGAGCCAGACUGAGUAUAUUUUGUAAAGGUUCCAUAUAUCACACAUUUUUCAUGUAAGAAAAAGGGAAAAUUCACCAGCUUUUAACCAUGAAGCAAUGUGCUAUCUUCUUCAUUACCCCAUUGUGUGUCAUAGCCGUACGGCAAACUGCUCUGUAUCUGCAGUGGCUGUACUGAAUGAAAACGCAGGAAAGAGAAGAGCUCAGUAAGCUGAUACAUAAAUUCUGAACAAUACCACGAUUAAAGCAAAUGAAUGCCAGUCAUUUAUAUGUAUUGGGAUCUAUUUUGUAAUAUUUAAAAGGAAUAUAUGUCUGUAUCCAAAACACGAUCUCCUAAAACAUGGCAUUACCUUACAAAGUGUAUUAUAGAUUAUUAAGUACCCUCAUUCCUGAUUAUAGUAUUGGUUUAUUCUCAAGCAAUAUGAUUCUAGUGACAAUGCACUGGCACUCUUGUUCUAAUGAAUGCCAAACAAGAAUUGAUGGUCAUACCGUGUACGUAUGCACUGUUCAUAUGCUUUGUAUACUUAUAUAAAACAAGCCAGCCCCACAGCACGUAGGGAUAAAUACGGUUACGAUCCUAAAAUAGAUUACUACAACACAGCAUGUAUUUGUACAUUAGACGCUUAAAAACCAUAUCAGGUACAGUACAUGUGUUUCGUUGUUUUAAAGUUUUGUUUAGUGUGCUUGUUUUAAGUAGGGAUGUUCUUGCGCUGAGAUUUUGCAGUUUAUGUAUCCUUCUAGUUGAUAACCGCUGUAAUUCUACAUAGCUGAAACAAUCUUUUUACAAGAAUAACAAUAAGCAUAGUUCAGAAAAAAACAGAUACAAAUGAUAACAUUAGCAUUUCCCCCAAAAACAUUCUGAAAAAAAUAAGAAGUAAUAUAUCAUUCUGGUCACUAGUCACUGCAAAACACAGGGCACAAAAUGUUGGUUCCAAUGUAUAGAUCGACAGUCAAUAGGUCGGCCCGAUAUGGUCGACAUGCAUUAGGUCAACAGGUAAAAGGUAGACCGUGCUUAAGGUUGACAUGGUCAAAAGGUUGACAUGACAAUGAUAGACACUCAAGUUUUUUUUCAUGUUUUUCCAACUUUUGUAUGAUUUACUAUCCACAUGGACUACGAGUGGGAAUAGUAACCUUGCCCAAAGCGUGGCGAGCCUGCGAGGGUACACGUUUCCAGUAAUUGUGCUUAGAUAUGGUUAAACAUACAACACAACACCCAAAAAAGUUUAAAAACUUGUCGGUCACUGUCAUGUCGACCAUUUGACCCUGUCGACCUUACCUACUGUGUACCUUUUGACUCUGUUGACCUUUUGACCCUGUUGGCCACACCCACAAAAUAUAAACGAUGGGCGCUUUGGUAAAAAAUCUCUUAUGUAUUUAAUAUUGUAAAGAACAUACAAAAGCACAACAGAUCAUUUCUAGACUCUGUAGGAAAUAUUUUGUGGUAUGUUUAUUCAUUUGUUGAUGAGCUGUUUAUUGGAAAGUUUUAUACUGUUUAUUUCAUUAUGUCUUGUCAAUUUUUAAAAAGACUGAACAAUAUAUAUAGAUUAAUCAUGAAAUUCCAUAAUUGUAUACAGAAAUACUCUACAAUACAACAACCAAUGUUAUAUAUAAAUGAAUUAUAUUUAAUCAGCAAGGUAGAUUUUAAGUCAACUAAAUAACAAUAAGAAAAUACUGUAUGUUACGCCAAAAUGCAGGCAUAAAAUAUAAUUCAUAAAGGUUAAUUCACACAAUUGAAAUAUAUAUAUAAUAUAGUUAAAUAACAUAACUCAUUUUAUUUGGUUUAAGACUAUUGUGUUGCUUAAACAGAUUAAUGUGUAUUUUAUAUAACAAAGGAUAAUUUCCUCCUAGAGUAAAACAAUUCCAGUUUUGAGAAUCACCCACAUGUUUCUCCCCAUGACAUAUGUUUGGGAAAAAAGCACACUGACCAGAAUGCCUGGCUAGGGAUUUAGCCCACACAGGACAACUCCCAGCAAAAGUGAAGUCUGUAACUGCAAACUGAUAUAUAGCUUGUGGGCGGCUCGUCUCUAUGGGGACAACUAAUAUAUACACGUAACUAAUCAUUAAAAGUCUUAAAGCUUACAGUAUAGGAUUUACAGUAAGAUGCUGAAUAGUAAUAUACGAGUUGGGAAAGUUGUAUACUAUGGUUACACUAUAACAGUUUAUUACUGAGCUGUUUGCGGACAAUGAUAACAAUAGCGACAGCACACAUUCAUUUGUUUAUUGUAAUGUGUUUUUAGUGGCCUCCAAUAUGACCAGUUUUAUUAAUAAGACCAUAUGCCACACAAAGUGACGGAUGAAGCCAGAUGGUCCUGCUGCUUCUAGCUAGCCAGAAUUAGUUCCUAUGCACUGAGAAAGUGAAUCCCCUUUAAACAAUCAUAUCUUACUCUUUGCAAUAAGAACAAAAAAAAACAAAUAUGGCCUACCGGAUGACAUGAGAGAUUACAGUCAAAGGUCAUAAUAAGAUUAUAUAUCGUCUUUUGUGGAUACAAAUGUGAUAAAUUGGUGUGACCCUAGAAUGAAAUAUUGUCUUAUUUUAUUUACAUAGCAAUAAGUGUUAAUAGAAGGCUGUACUAGGAUGGCAUUUCAGUGUUUUGUACCACAGUCAUUAACCAUUUCAAAGUCAGGAACUGGGGUUAAUACAGAUCUGUUGCAAUAUGAACCAUUUAUAUGGACAUAUGGCAGUACAACUACAGUAAUUACUACUGUCUGAUUAAGAAUAUUUCAACAUGGCAAGUGUGGAAUUAGUAAUAUCUACUAUGCUACAUAUUAUGUUGACAUAUAUUUAUUUCCAGUUCCAUUGAUUCAUCUCUAAAUUAUAUUUGUGUAGGAAAUAUUAAUUAGCUGCAUAGUACAUUCUAUACAAUGUACAAUCUCCUUAUGGUAUCCGUAUGUUAGGUCAAUAGUCAGUAGGUUGACCCCAGAUGAUCCACAUGCAUAUGGUUUACAUGGUUAAUAGGUCGACAUGACAAAGGUCAACAUAGCAUAUGGUCGACAUGAGGUGUUUUUUUUUUUCAUUUUGUUUCAUACUUUACCAUCCACGUGGACUACAAUUAGGAACGGUAACCUGUCCCAAGCGCAGUGGUAGUGGAGCGAGGCACCUUGCCUGAAGCAUGGCGAAGGGACACGGUACACUAAUUGGGGGUCCACGUGCUGGAAGGUAACAUUUGACACAAAAGAAACCCAUGAAAACUCUUGUCGACUUUUUCAUGUCUUGACCAUUUCCAUGCGACCUUCUGAACCUUGCAUGUUGGACCUUUUGGCCAUGUGGAACUAGGGCAUGUCAACCAUUUGAUGUCAACCUAGACACUUUCAACUGUCGACCUAUUAUGCCAUAACCCUCCUGACACCAUAGCUACUGCAUUUACUGCACCUUAUAUAGCUUUGCCCCUGAAUGUAUUCCCACUAUAACUUACUACAGGCAGCAGAAGAUACCUGGGAAAUCCUUGGUCUGUAUAAAAGCAUCUUUUAAUGGUCAGUAUGAGGGUAUAUUAUCCCAUACAGCUGAUGUAUUGGUUUAUUCAUCAGGUGUAGCUAUCUAUAGAUUACCUUACAUAAGUGAAAAGCACAUAAAUGUACAGUAUACUUAUGAUGACCAAAUGAACAGAUGGUUCAGCAAUGCUCGCAAAAUGUAUCAACAAGCUUUUUUAUCUUUGCUGUAAAAUGUUGUAUCUGCAGACAUUAUGGUCCAUAUUGAACAAUUCUCUCUAGUAUAGAUCAAUGAUCCCUGCUACAGGCAAAAAUAUCUCACAAUUGAUAAUGAAUGGCGUACAGUAUAUUUGAUGCAAAUAAUAUUCAUCAGGAUGGAAGACAUUACAUACAGUCUUUAUACAUCUUUAUAAUUAGACAUGGUGAAUGUGUCCCUCACAUUUGUUACAUUUCUAAUCACUGUACAUACUUCUGUGUCCUAGUCAUAUCCUUUCUGUACAAGCACAAAUGGAAUCCAUUCAAUAAUGUUUACAUGUUAUAAAUAGAUUUCCGUCAUUAGGAGGAGAACUAUUGUGGUAGGAGUGGCAGUAUUACUGCCCUUUGUAUCUGCUCUCAGAGGUAAUAGCACAGAUUGUGUACCGACAAAUGAUAAGUGUCAGUUGCUAAAAUAUCAGCAACAUUUCCCGGUAAAAUAUUAACUACCACACUGAAGCCUGGGAAAUUCCAGGGUUUUUUUCAGGAGCAGUUGGAGUAUAAAUGAUUUCACUGUUUGGCAGUAUUAAGAUGUUUUUAAGGGACGCAGUUAAUUUUCCAAACAACUGGAUCCCGGCGGUCAAAAUACAGACAGCAGGGGAAAUGGCGGUGGUCGGAAUCCCAACCGAAGCUUGGUAUUUCCACUCGAGUGGUGGUCCAGCUAAGCUCACCACCGGGGACUCACUGCCUCACUGUCAGGAUUCUGGGUGUCGGGAUUCCGGCGUCGGUCUCCUGAACGCCGGGAUUCUGACCGUCAGGAUUUCAUACCGGACCUGUUUUUAAGGCCACACUAACAACUUUUUACAUUUGAAAAUAGUUACACUUCACUUUAAAGGAUAAAAUAAUAUAUUUCUGUGAAGUUUUAGUAUAUAUAUAUAUAUAAGCACAUGUAUACCAUAAUUAAUUUGUAGCUCUCACUCUAAAAAUGCUAAAUCUAUGUAUUUACUAAUAUGUGACAAUUUACUAUUAUUAAAAAUACCAUACAAUAAAAGAACAUCAUUUAGCUAAUAAUGCAAUGUGCUUCCCCAGACAGAGAUCACAUACUGCAGAAUAGGGCUCAGUAAUUUAAUUAUUGAGGACUUGGUUUUGUUUGUUAAAACAGUAAAUAUAAUGCAAGGAGAUAAAGAAAAAACAAUGAGACAAUAUGGACUCUCAAAGUAGGUAUUUGACUUGGGAUAUAUUCAUAAUGAUUUUAAAACACUGACUGGGCUAUGUUUACACAGAAAUAAACACUCUUUUUUUUUUCUUUCUAACUUUGGGCCUGAUUCAUGUUUGCAAGUAAAGCAUAAAAAGCAAGUAACUUGGUGUCUGGAACAAAAAAUGUUGUCAUGGAAGGGGAACAAAUACAUUUAGAUUUUUUUCUGUGCAGGGUAAAUACUGGCUGCUUUUGUAUGUAGCCCAUAAAUGUUAGACAGCUUUAUUUUUACACUAACAAUUUAGAUUUCAAUUUGAACCCACCCAAAUCGAACUCUCUGCAGAUGUUACAUCUGCCCCGCCUGCAGUGCAGCAUGGUUUUACCCAGUUGCUUGCUUUUUUGCUUUGCUUACAAACAUGUAUCAGUCCCUAUGUCUAUACUAGACAAGUAUAUUUUCAUUUAAUUACAUGGUGCAGUGCACACAAAUGUGCUGUGGCUCUUAGCAACCAAUCAGAUUUUAGCUUCUAUUGUCUUAGACAGCUAUGAGAAAAUAUUAUUGUUUUUACGGUAUUAGAUUAUUAUUACUAAUAUUGCUAGUUACAGUACAUUGCAUCAUGUAAACUAUAUUUACUCUUAAAUUAUGAAAACUAGGGACAAAAGUUGUUAUUGAUGGCAGGAGGAGUACAUAGAAGCAAAUGGCUCUUUAAUAUACUGAGGCACAUAUUUUUUGCAAUAAUGGCUUAGUUUAAUUAAUUCGUUAGACAAUUUUGUGUAAUGUUUUUUACAUUUCUAAUCAUGGCAGUUGGUACCUUACAAAGCACAAGUGAAACUGUAUAAAUAGUUAUUUGGCACUUAAUAAAUGAACAAUUAACUAUUAUUAAUGUUUGAGUGAGCACAAACAAUGAUGUGAGGCCUGAGCUACUGUACAUCGUUAUAAAGUGCUGAACAAUGAACAACUCCUACAUUCAGUAAUACAGCGCCACAACAUAGUACAAUUACAAGUGCAUGUUUUGCCUAGUGCUGCUCAAUGGUCUUAAAAUGUUGUUUAUUUUUGUUAAUAAAAUAUAAAAAAAAAUAACAGGCAUAUAUUAUGCACAGUAAAGACAAUUUGAUGUAUUUCGGAAUUCCAUCUGUAUGCAUUGUUUUUAAGUAUUUUUGAAAACAAUGAAACAACACAGUUAAUUUUCAACAUUAUGGGGGGUAUCCAAUUACCCGUGAUAGUGCAGCCGCAAAAAAAGUGUGUUUUUCACAUUUUUGUAUCACCUCUAUUCAAUUAGGUCCUGCAAAAAACACCAGUUUUUUUUGUGCAAAAAUACAUAGGUCUCAUGAAAAGCCACGGACCUAUGUAUUUUCGCUGCACUAGGGGGCAUUUAUCGCUGAUUAUGUGCAAAGCUAAUUGGAUACUUCCCUAUGGGGGUCAUUCCGACCCAUUCGCAUGCAGCAGUUCUUUGCUGCAGUGCGAACGGGUCGGAACUGCGGCUGCGCGGCACCCGCAUUGCGCACGUGUGUCAUUGCCCAGCUACGGCCGUCGCCGGGCAACGACGCCAGGACCGAUGAAAGCGAUCACAGGCGCGAUCGCAAGAAGAUUGACCUGGGGAAGGAGGAUCGGGGCGUCUACUCACCGUUUCCCAGGCGUGGUAAGGCGAACGCAGGCGUGUCCAGGCGUUUGGAUGGGGGAUGUCUGACGUCACAGGCCAGACCUUCAUCGCUGGAUCUGUCGCACUGGGUAAGUAGAUGCAGGGCUGGUUUUGUUUUGCUUGAAACUUUUUUAGCAUAGCAGGGCUACCCAAGCGUUCGCAGCCCUGCUAUGCUAAAAUACACUCCCCCAUAGGCGUCGUCUAGUUGAUCGCAUGAGCAGCAAAAAGUUGCUACGUGCGAUCAACCCGGAAUGACCCCCUAUGUGACCUUACUUUGCUAUUAUGUCAUAUAUUUUUUUUACAUGUUAUGAAACUGAUAGCAUUUGUAAUAUUGCCUUUCCAGGCUUACGUGAGUCAGUAUUACAUUUCAGAAAAAAAAUUGGGAUAUAGUAAGUGUUGUUCACAUUUAAUAACUCUCACACUUUAAUGACUAUGCCUUCAAGAGAUAGUCUUGAAUGGUGAUUAAAAUCUUUUAGAAGCAGGAGAUAUAUGUAUUUAUUAUGACACUUGAAUGGACAAAAGCUAGGUGAUAUAUUGUCCAUUCGAGCUAACGGCUGAUAUAUAGCUAGCAGACCAGCGGGUGUAGGCAAAUGAUAUGUCAUUCACAGACAUCACAUCAGCUGUGCAGCACAGCCGAUGGACGAUAUAUUUUUAGAUACAUCAGUGCAUCUGGCUGUGUACGGGGGUCCUCCGACCACCUGUACACUUUCUGCGGGGACUGACGUCACAGCUGGGCAGGCAAAAUUCAAAUACUCGCACGCCUGUGAUGCGAGACACAUCGAGUAGCCUAUCGGUAAGUGUGUAUGCUUACCUGGAUCGGCCGCUAUGUCGGCUUAGAGGUGGGUCCGCGUCAAGUCAUGACAGUGUGUACCCAGCCUUAAGUGAGAUGAUGUGAAAAUGGAGGGAUAGUUAUUAAAAGCAGACAGCCCUUUAUAGGGAUGCAUUAACAUUAAAACAGAGCAGCCAAUUAUACAUGUGUUAUUUGUCUACUUUGCACUCGAUCAAUAAAAGACAGUUGCUGAUUGGUAGAUAUUUUUUCCUGCACCUUUUUCACUUAUAUUAGUGAAUAGACUUUACUAUGUAUUGAAGCAAGCUCUUUAUUACAAAGAUGGAUGUUGUCUGACUACUUUUUUAUUUUUUAAUUUGUGAAUUGUCCCGCGUGCAAUGAAAUAAAUGAAACCACCAUAUGAACAUAAAUACAUUCACCUAAUGUCAUAAUCAAGGUUACUCACUUUCAGUUUACCCAAAUCACUUAGGUUUAAUUUAGGGACUAUAACUUAUAUAUCUUUAUUUGAAUUGAUAAUAAAACUAAAUAUAAUGUUAUGCAAUAUGAAUCCAAAAUCUAAAAAAGAGAUGCUAAAUUGCUUUGCUUACUAGGUACUUAUGGCUAAAUAAUGAUAGAUUUCUUUUAAAUAAUCAAUAUUUGAUUAAAAAAAAUGCCUACCAAAGGUUUAAAAAUUAAAUAAAAUUCAGAUCUGUGUUGACCAGUUAUUAGAAUAAAAUAACACUUUGGGGGAAACAGUUGCAGUUUUGUGUGCAGUGUGCUAUGGUUCUUUGUGCAGACUCUGCGUUAAACCUCUCACCUAUAUAGUUCUUAUGGAAACAUGGAUAUGGAUAGGAGGAAGUAUAAUACCAGCAAAUGUAAAGAAGUGUGUACAUUGCCUGAAAUGCUAUUGUUUUAUAUUAAAAGGGUUUUAAUGAUUACAGUCAAACUUAAUCUGUCAUGGAAAUCACCUAAGUUUUUACCCCUUGUGUUUUCUCUCCGCAUCAUAUACUAAGUAGAAUUUAGGCAAUACCUCUGUUCUAAGUUAAAUAAUCUUAUGUAAGUGUUGUUCUUGUAUUUAUGUAAUGUAUAUGUAUUGUAAAUAUAAUAUUUUUCUUUUACUGUACAAUGGUGAUUUUGCCCUAUGACACUGUAAAAGGGAGACCUAUUAAAUUCUUUCAGAGGAUAAUAAUCCCAGUCUCUGCUCCAAGACUGAUGAAAAAGUGUUAUUGUUUUAAAUAGUGUCUCAGACCUAUUUUGUUGGUGCUUUGCUUUUCUGUAUUCAACUUUCCUAUGGAUUGAGCUGUGAACUGAAAUCUAGUUUAAACACUUUAAAUGUAUGCAUUUGUAUCAUUAUUUGAAUGGAGGCAUGAAGGUAAAUAAAUCAUUUUGUAUAGAAUAAAUAUAACAUCUGAAGGA